AGCCGCGGCUGAAAGGUAAAGAAGCUACGUGGAAGAGUGUUUCCUCUUCAGGCCGCAAAGCAGGUACUCUCUGCAGCACCAGCUGCCCCCGCCCUACUCCAGACCUCCCCAAAGACUCCAUGAGAUGGACCUGAGUUAGCCGAGUCCCAACCCCUCUUCUUGGGCCUGCCGUGGCGCUGGACAUCAGUGACUGCGUCGUGACACACAGAAGCAGUGGACCAUCAAGGCCACAGGAGGCCCCGGGAGCUUGCAAAGAUGAAGUUUGGCUGCCUCUCCUUCCGGCAGCCUUAUGCUGGCUUUGUCUUGAAUGGAGUCAAGACUGUGGAGACGCGCUGGCGCCCCCUGCUGAGAAGCUACCGGAACUGUACCAUAGCCAUCCACAUUGCUCACAGGGACUGGGAAGGUGAUGCCUGGUGGGAGCUGCUGGUGGAGAGGCUCGGAAUGACAACUGCUCAGAUUCAGGCAUUGCUCCGAAAAGGGGAAACGUUUGGUCGAGGAGUCAUAGCGGGACUUGUUGACAUUGGGGAAACUUUGCAGUGCCCCGAAGACCUAACUCCUGAUGAGAUUGUGGAACUAGAAAAUCAAGUGGUACUGACCAGCUUGAAGCAGAAGUACCUGACUGUGAUUUGAAACCCCAGGUGGUUACUGGAGCCCAUACCUAGGAAAGGAGGCAAGGAGAUAUUCCAGGUAGACAUCCCAGAGCACCUGAUCCUUUUGGGGCAUGAGGUGUGACAAGUGUGGGCUCCUGAGAGGGGUGUUGCAGGGAAACCAGCUAAAUCAUGAUUUCAAUUCACCAUCAGUUGAAACCAGCUCCAGCUAAAUCGUUUAGCUGCUUUCAAUUCAUCUUCAAUUCACCAUCAUGAUGCAGACCUACAUACAUUAGGCUAGAUCUGAAUUUCCCCUCCUGUGGAGAGUCCCAGCCACUAAGCACUGUGCAUGGAAAUAGGUUUCUUUGCUCAGAGGAAGGAAGUAGGGGUUGGGGCUUUCCUUGUGUGAUGCCUCUUUAGGCACACAGGCAGUGUCUCAAGUACUUUGUCCUUUGGGUAGAAGGAAAAGCUGCCAGUAAAAUCUCAGCAUGCCUACAAUUUUGGUCCUGCUAAUUUCUGGAUUAUACAAAUAAAUGUGUUGUAGAUGAAAAAAAAAAGAUUUAUAGAAGAUCCCCCAUAUUUUUCAUAUUAGUAGCAGCAGUCAUAGCAGUUAAGAGACAUUGUGGAGUUAUUUAGCUAAUCAGUGUUUGGGUCAGUAUUUUCUUUGUGCACUUUACUAUACUAUGGUGUUUGCUACAGUAUAUCUAGUUUUGAUACAUAGUACAAUCUCUUUCUUCUUUAUACAAUUUUCCUUUCAUGAUUACUUAAAUUCUUGGGAUACAAGGGAGCAGAAAAUAUAUUUAGUGAAUGUUCAGUAAAUGUGGUUAUGGCUACUUAAAUCAAUUAUUUAUAGCAAAUUCUAAUGUUUGAGAAUAUAUUAUGUGUCCUUGACUAUCUGGUUUGUGUUUUCGUUACCAUCACUUUUAAAUUCUUUUUUGGUAUUUACAAUUUAUAGUGGGGAAAGGAUUACAAACAAAUCAUUUGUUACUUACUACCAUUUGUACAUUAAAAAGGAAAGGUUGGCAAUAGCAUUA